CUGAUGCCCUCCCGCCUGUAGGACUGGUCCUAUUAUCAACAAUGGAUGAAUCAACAACUUCGUAAAUUAGAUAGAUGAGAUUCAACUUUAUAUAUACAAAGUAUAGGCAGGUGGUGGUAAAACAUGACAUACAACCAGCAAGCGCAACAACAUACGACAUAGAACGCAAGCAAGUUUACUUGACAUGUUGAUAAAAUGUCGUUUGUGCACAGCUGUCCAAAAGCUGCAUUGUCAUCAAAAAUGCAGAGCUCUAGUAGCAUAGCUCAGGCCAGGCGGAUGGUGCAGCAGAUGAGGAUAGAGGCCAGCAUCGAGAGGAUAAAGGUGUCCAAGGCUUUAUCAGACCUGAUGUGCUACUGUGGAGAACAUGCCAAGAAUGACCUGCUGCUCAUGGGCAUCCCCGCUUCAGAAAACCCUUUCAAAGACAAGAAGCCUUGCACUUUUUUGUAGGGGAAUACCUGAACUCUUGCUGCUUUCCUUUGGAUUUAUGUGGAAUAAAAAAAAAGCUGAUAGUAAUACUAUUUACAACUUAUCUUAAGGCCAGUGUUUCCCCUGUACCUUUUUGCAUGCCUGCUAAAGUUCAAGGACUGUAUUCCUCUCUGCUUUGCAGUCAGAUAGCAGUUACAGCAAAGAAUUUGUGGCCUGAAAGGAGCUGUGCCAUCGAUGGGAGAGUUCCUGACUCUCUAAUUAUCACAGCACACAUAAACAAGCCCCCUCAAUCAUUGGUCCAAUCAGAUUUAGGCUUUACGCUUUCACCUCUUACUUUCAUCAGGCUUGCUUCAGGAAACAGUUGUUGUAGGUUGGUGCUACUGAUAAUGAGCACCAGAGAUAAUAAUAUCCUGUCGCCGGACGGGUUAACUGUGCUGUCCAUUACAUGGAGACAAAUAGAAAGAGUGGAGGUCCAUUGCCAUUGAUGCACAGCUCCUGCUCCUAAUGUCACUAUGUUCUAUCUGCAAAGCUUAUGCUUAUUACUGUACAGGCAAUUUGAAACCUGGUUACACCAGAUGACAAUGUUAGUUUGAAACAUUCCAUGUUAACAACUGCUCUAAAACUUCCUCUGAUUUUAUUAUGAGAACCUAUGACUGGCAGUGGGUAGCUGUGACUUUAUUUACUUUGUGUUGGUGCUCAUGCAAAACAUAAGCAACUAAUUUGAAAUUUUACCAGCCAUGGUCUUAAUAAUGAAGUGAUCUGGCUUCAACCUCACGACUACCUUUUAAUCACAUAAGUACUGUUUUCUUAUACUGUGAAAUCUCAUACUAUAGGCUGUUGUGUGUAUGACAAAAUAUUUCAA